UCUGGCCCUCCUCUUAAAUUCACUGGUGAAAAAUAACAGGGUUGUUGCUGACCCGAACCUUGAUCUUGUACAAAUUAAACAACUUUAAAACUGGUUUGUUCACCAAGCGGACGGUGACAUGAUGAACCGGCCAAGCAAUAUGCGCGUAUUUGCAAUCGGUUAUCAGUUUCUCUGGGGAGUAUUGAACGAGUGUGUGACUGGUGUGAAGGAUGAAUUUAAAUGAGGGACGGGCCAAUGCAAAUCACAGUUAACAGCAGAAACCGGCAGCUGCAGCCCUGUCUCUCUUCCCCCUCUCUAACACACAUACAGACUAGACACAGAGGUCCGGAGACACAACAAAGGCGCUCAACAUCUCGCCCUCUGCCUCUUUCAUCCAGCCCAUACAAAUAUAACAGGAAGAAAAUCUCCUGGAAAUAGAAGCGCCUCGGGAUCCACGUUGACCUGCAGAUAUUGAUCAGAUCAAUAUGGAGAGAGAUUUGGAGUUUGAACAUUUUGAUGAACGAGACAAGGGGAUGAGGUAUGGCAGAGCGUCCCGGUUGAACGGCUUACCCAGCCCCACACACAGCGCCCACUGCAGCUUCUACCGGACCCGCACCCUGCAGACCCUCAGCUCCGAGAAGAAAGCCAAGAAAGUGCGUUUUUACCGCAACGGGGACCGCUACUUUAAGGGCAUCGUAUAUGCGGUGUCCCAGGACCGCUUCCGCUCUUUCGAGGCUCUGUUGGCUGACCUGACCCGAACUCUGUCCGAUAACGUCAACCUGCCCCAGGGAGUCAGGGUCCUCUACAGCAUUGAUGGCAACAAGAAAAUCACUAGUCUCGAAGAGCUGGUGGCAGGGGAAAGUUAUGUCUGUGCAUCUUUUGAAUCAUUUCGAAAAGUGGACUACACAAAGAACGUAAACCCAAACUGGUCAGUGAAUGUCAAGGCAACUACAACUGCACGUACACCAACAUCUAUCAGUAGUUCCAAAGCAAGUUCCACUGAGACUAAAGAAAAUAAAGAUUUCAUUCGGCCCAAGCUGGUGACCAUCAUUCGGAGUGGUGUGAAGCCACGAAAAGCUGUUAGGAUUCUGCUCAAUAAAAAGACUGCACAUUCAUUUGACCAGGUUCUUACAGAUAUCACUGAUGCCAUCAAGUUGGAUUCAGGAGCAGUUAAACGUUUGUACACACUGGAUGGGAAACAGGUGAUGUGCCUUCAGGAUUUCUUUGGUGAUGAUGACAUUUUUGUUGCCUGUGGUCCUGAGAAGUUCCGCUAUGCACAGGAUGACUUCUCACUGGAUGAAAACGAAUGUCGAGUUGUUAAGUCUACUUCAUACACUAAAGUUCCUGGUGCAGGUGGUGGUGCUACAGCACGAAACAUUACCACUAAGAACCCUGGGCCUUCCCGACGUAGCAAGUCCCCAGCUUCUACUGGCUCAGUGAAUGGAACACCUGGUAGCCAACUUUCUACUCCACGUUCGACCAAGACACCAAGCCCAUCACCAACCAGCCCAGGCAGCCUACGUAAACAGAAGAGUUCUCAGCAUGGUGGAUCCUCAACAUCUCUGGCAUCAACCAAAGUUUGCAGCUCCAUGGAUGAGAAUGAAGGCCCUGGUUGUGAAGAAGUUGUCGAGGAGACAUUCCAAGUGCCAGCAUCCAUAGCUGAACGUUACAAAGUUGGAAGAACUCUCGGUGAUGGAAAUUUUGCAAUUGUGAAAGAAUGUAUAGAAAGGUCAACUAGUAGAGAGUAUGCUUUGAAAAUUAUUAAUAAAAGCAAGUGUAGAGGCAAAGAGCAUAUGAUUCAAAAUGAAGUGUCCAUCUUACGAAGAGUAAAACAUCCAAAUAUUGUUCUUUUAAUUGAAGAAAUGGAUACACCAAGUGAACUUUAUCUAGUCAUGGAACUUGUCAAGGGUGGAGAUCUUUUUGAUGCUAUUACUUCCACCAACAAAUAUACAGAGCGUGAUGCCAGUGGAAUGCUGUACAAUCUGGCCAGUGCUAUCAAAUACCUGCAUAGCCUUAACAUCGUGCACAGGGAUAUCAAACCAGAGAAUCUACUGGUUUAUGAACAUCAGGAUGGAAGCAAAUCUCUAAAAUUAGGGGACUUUGGCCUUGCUACCGUAGUAGAUGGGCCUUUGUACACUGUCUGUGGAACACCUACAUAUGUGGCUCCAGAAAUAAUUGCUGAAACUGGCUAUGGUCUGAAGGUGGACAUCUGGGCUGCUGGUGUGAUUACUUACAUUCUACUUUGUGGUUUCCCUCCAUUUCGUGGGCACAGCAAUGACCAAGAUGUUCUAUUUGACCAGAUACUGAUGGGGCAUCAGGAAUUCCCAUCACCAUAUUGGGAUAAUAUUUCUGACUCUGCAAAAGAGCUCAUCACUAUGAUGCUACAGGUUGAUAUAGAACAGCGAUAUUCUGCACAGCAGUUGUUGGAUCACCCUUGGGUGAAUUAUGGGAGAUGCACUGGAGGAAGCCUUGGUGAACUGCUGUAUUGCAUCCUCAAGGAUGAUGGGUUGCCAGAGAAUGAGUAUCAACUAUCGGUGGCUGGAAAGUUGCAGAAACAUUUUAACACAGGCCCCAAACCGAGCAAUACUUCAGCUGGAGUGUCUGUGAUAGCAACCACCGCUCUUGAUAAGGAGAGGCAGGUUUUCCGAAGAAGAUGCAACCAGGAUGUGAGGAGAAGCUACGUGGUACAAACUAAUGCACCAGAACACAACUCUGAAUCUGAAGAUUACUCACCAAGCUCUUCUGAGACUGUUCGCUCACCAAAUUCUCCCUUUUAAUGAACCCUAUUCUCGUUACCAAGCUCCAAUUGCUUACUGCAAUUUUAUAACUCAUUUCUGAAGAAAUAAUGAAUGUUUAGUUAGUCAAGCUAGGACAAUGUUGCACUGAUAUAUGAACAGUAUUGAUUCUAGCAUGGUUUAAUGGAAAAGCACAAGGCAUGUGAAGGUGUAGGUGAUUCCAGCUGCUUUGCAAUUCAGCCAUUGUCUGUAUUCUUAACCAUUUAGGCGCUGUGUUUUCCUUGCAUCACAAAACACAUUGACGUUCUCUAUCUCUGACCAUCUCUCUAUAUAAAGAAAUCAGUUUGUUAUGGUGCAAAAAUGCUACUGUUGUUCAAAGGAUUCUGAAUUUCUGCAAAGUCAUAAUAUUUGCCAGUCUAUGAAUCCUGAAUUCUACAAUAUAAUCAGUAAGCAUUGCGUUUCCUUAAAUAACUUUAUCUUUCUCUUGAUUUUCAAAUUAAGUUGUAGCAGUUUAAAAGAAACCAGUACUAUUGUAAAUCAUUGAUAAACAACUUGAUUACUCCAAAAUCUAGUAUGAUAAAAUUCUGUUUGAACAGUACUUGACUCAGAGCAUAGAAUGGUGAGAUAGGUGACUAGGAUCGUAUCUGUGUGUACCAUCAACAAUCACUGAACAGCAGUAUUGUAUGAUAUGAUAAAACUGAAGUAAAGCUCCACAGUUUGAUAUUUAGUUCAUUAGAGAAGUAAUAAAAUUUAUGUUAGAAUACUUGUAUCAACUGUGUAAAACAUCCUUAAAGAUGAAAAACUUUCACUGGAUAAACUUCUACAGUUUUAAAAUAGUUUCUUCUAUGUAUCAGGCACCCAAACCUGAUGUUAAGAAGAUCUUUCCUACAGACUAUUUUGUAGAAAGUGGUGAAAGUUAACUCAUGUGAAAUGUCAUUGCUUUACAGUAGUCAUCAUGUGACUAAGUGUGGUGCAUACUAUAAUAAAUAAAUAAGCCAAAUCUGUGAAUAAAUGAUUUAUUGAUAACCAUAA